AAUCCGUAAUACCUACACGUUUUCUUCGCCUCGAAUCCGUACAGUAGGUCGCUCAUCCUCGGAAUCGUUAUUUGUGAUUUGUGAUUUGUGAUUCGUGAUUCUUGUUUUUUAAAUCUAGUCUUAAGGUUCAUUUAACUCUGUUUGCUAAAUUUUAGCAAUUUGAAAUGAUCUCUAUGUCAUUUGGAGUUCGAUUGUCAUCUUACGUGUAGCCAGCUCAUACCUGCCUAGACGAAAUGGUGUUACAAUUAAAGUCGCUUCUACGUGAUAAUCGCGUAAGAGGACUAUGCAGCGAAGCGAUUAGUUCAAUCAGGGUCAUCACAGAGGCCCAAGAAAAAACUCAUAUAAGGCCCUACGAGGACAUUCCAGGCCCAAAACCCAUCCCAAUUUUGGGUAAUACCUGGCGAAUGUUUCCUGUGAUUGGGCAGUACACAAUUUCAGAUACUGCUAGAAUAUCUCAGCUUUUCUAUCAAGAUUAUGGAAAAAUCGUGAGACUGACUGGUUUGAUUGGCCGACCUGACCUUCUUUUCGUCUACGAUGCAGAUGAGACUGAAAAAAUUUAUCGACAAGAAGGUCCGACACCUUUUCGCCCUUCAAUGCCUUGUUUGGUCGAAUAUAAAGGCAAAGUCAGAAAAGAUUUUUUUGGUGAUCUUCCUGGAGUCGUCGGAGUUCAUGGAGAACCUUGGAGAAAAUUUCGAUCGCGAGUUCAAAAACCGAUUCUUCAGCCUCAAACUGUUAGAAAAUAUAUAAUCCCAAUCGAGGUGGUCACAAAUGACUUCAUACAGAGGAUGGAGGAGAUAAAAAAUAAGGAUAAUGAGCUACCAGGAGAUUUCGAAAACGAAAUUCAUAAGUGGGCCCUUGAAUGUAUAGGAAGAGUGGCCUUAGACGUAAGACUUGGAUGUUUAGGGCGAGAUUUAAAGCCAAAUUCUGAGCCUCAAAAAAUAAUCGACGCUGCUAAAUUUGCAUUAAGAAAUGUCGCUACAUUGGAGUUAAAAGCUCCAUAUUGGCGAUAUAUCCCCACUCCUCUCUGGUCUCGUUACGUUCGUAAUAUGAAUUAUUUCGUCGAAGUUUGCAUGAAAUACAUAGACGCUGCGAUGGAGAGGCUAAAAAAUAAGAAAUCGGUCUGCGAAUCAGAUUUAUCGUUAGUCGAGAGAAUUCUUGCGAAAGAAUCGGAUCCAAAAAUCGCUUAUAUUCUAGCGCUGGAUUUGAUAUUAGUUGGAAUCGACACGAUUUCAAUGGCCGUUAGUUCGAUUCUCUAUCAACUAGCAACAAGGCAGGAAGAGCAGGAAAAAAUUUAUAGAGAAUUAGUCGAAAUUUUUCCCGAUCCAUCGGUUCCUUUGACAUCAAAACAUUUGGAUCAAGUUGUCUAUAUGAAAGCAUUUAUUAGAGAAGUAUUUAGGAUGUAUUCCACAGUUAUUGGGAAUGGAAGAACGAUGCAAUAUGACAGCGUCAUUUGCGGAUACAAAGUGCCAAAAGGGACUCAAGUUGUUUUCCCGACACUUGUCACCGGAAAUAUGGAAGAUUACGUAGAUGACGCAAAAUCUUUCAAACCUUCCAGGUGGCUUAAAGAAGAAUCAGAUAAAAAAUUACAUCCGUUUGCGUCACUACCAUUUGGUCACGGAGCUCGAAUUUGCUUAGGUAGAAGAUUUGCUGAGCUUGAAAUGCAAGUUCUUCUCACAAAGUUAAUACGUUCCUACAAACUGGAGUACCACCAUGAACCACUGAAGUACAAAGUGACAUUUAUGUACGCGCCUGAUGGUGAACUCAAAUUUAAUUUAAAGAGAAGAUAGUCUAGGUACUUUAGAUUUAGAUUUAAAACCCAAAAAUAUUAGGUUUUAAUGAAACUGUAAUAAAAAUAUACUGAUUGUACAUAUACAUUUAGAUACCAUUUUUUUAACAUUAAUUUAAAUUCACUUUUCAUUUAAAUGUGCAGUUGUGCGCUUAUGUUAACUUUGAA